CUAUAUCCAACCAAAAAAACGAUGUCCAUCCCCACAGAGAAGCCUGCUGGGCCGAGCGCAUUCACACCGUACCUCGAUGCUGUCGCCAACGUCUUCCACCCCGUUUCCGGCCCUGUCUUGAACACUUAUGCCAAAUUCCACGGCUGGAAGGAGAAUAUGGGUUUGGUCCAGCCCGGUACCGUGGAAAACUUGACCAGGGAUGCGCAGCAGGUGCAACUCGCCAACUGGAUGUUUGACGGUGCCAGAGCAGAUGUGGCUAAGGUCAUUUCUGGUAAUCCCGCCUUCCAGUUGACACAUUCCUUCUCUCUCGGAUCCACCACCCGGCCCGCUGCUUACAAUUUUGGUGUCAUCUUUGCUAAUGCCAAGACCUUCUUACAAGGUGGUCUUGACGGUAGCGGCUCUUUGACCAUGCGUGCCAACCAAACUUGGUCCGCCCGAGACCUCUCCAAGAUCCAGGCUCAGGUUACCGACAAACCCGGCCACACCAUGGUUCAGUUCGAACAUGACCACAUUGGAGACCACUACACCUUCUCCUGGAAAUCCAUCAACCCCAACCUCCUUGACUUUACCGGUAUCCACAUGGCUUCCCUCCUUCACUCCGUCUCUCCCCGACUUUCCCUUGGUUUCGAGACUGUGAUCCAAUAUCCCGAACCCGCCAUCCUCCAGACCGCAACCUCUUACGUCGCCAAGCUGACCUCCUUGCCCAACCCCGUUGCAGCCCUUACCCCUACCACCCCUGGCCUUCCUUCCCCCUUCGUCCCCAGCUGGAUAGCUACCGGCCAUCUCCAACCUGAUGGCAACGUCCAAGCUACUUAUUACCAGAAGCUUUCCGACAAGGUUGACGUUGCCCUUGACUUCCAGACCAUCCUCCGACCGCAGUCCAUGUUGGGCCCUGCCAAGAGGGAGGCUCUGACAACUUUGGCUGCCAAGUACGACUUCAGAAUGGCUACUUUCAGGGGACAGAUUGACAGCGCGGGCAAAGUUGGCAUGUACCUCGAACAGAGGUUCACUCCUGCUUUCGCCUUCCUUGUUGCCGGAGAGAUUGACCACGCCAAAAACGCCUCCAAGUUUGGUGUUGGCAUUAUGAUUGAGUCCUCUACGAUGACCCAGGAGGAGAUGAUUGCCGCCGGCAUGUUGACCCCUGUGUAAAUUGUUAGAGGUUCAGGCUCGAGUGUGAUGAGACGGAGGACGUCUAGGGAAUGCGGUGGUAUGACAGCUAAAUCUGUUGAAGGGUUUUGAAGGACGUAGCAUGUGAGGAGAGAAAGAAGGAUAAUGAAAUAGGAGGGUAAUGAGCGGGUGAUAAUGGUUGUGUUUCUUAGCUCUGGUGAAAAUUGUGAAAUCUAUUAGAGGAGAGGAGAGAGUGAGGAAGCCGCGAAAUCAGUUCAAUUUUUGAUUAACAGUUUGGGCUUUUACACAUUACCUGUAUCAACGCACGCAUGGAUCACCUUUCAAGGAUCGUGAUUUGUACUUGAUAGAAGGAUUCUGGAGAAAGCUGGCAGUGAUGACAUGAUGACAUGAUGAGC